UCCUGUCAAUCAUUUUGUUCUUCGGCAGCCUCCCUUCAAUCGCCAUAUUGGGCAACCGAGAAAAGGGCUCGUCUCUUCUUGUUUUUUUUCCCCCGUCUCGCUUUUACUACGCGGCGGCGGUGCGAGCGGCGGGAGCAUCACCAUCACCGGCGGCGGGGCAGCGCGGAGCAGGGGCCGCGGAGGGCAGCGCCGCUCCCGCCUGCGCGCUCCCGCCUGCGCGCUCCCCCCGCGCAGCGCUCCUCUACCCGCCCGGGGCUCCCCGGCGGCGGCGGCGGCUCUCGGGGCUCACCCCCGGGACGGCGCUUAUGCGAGGGCGCCUCCUCGCCCCUUCUCCGCGGGCCGAGGGCGAGCGGGGCCGAGGCGGGGCCGGAGAGCGGGGCAGCGCGGAGAGGAGGCGCGGAGCGAAGCCGCCGAGCGCCGAGAAAUAAAAGGCGGAGAGGAGGCGGCGGCGGCUGGCGGGGGGGAGAGCAGCGAGCAAAACAACCGCCGUCAGAAGAAAGAGGGUGGGGGGAGAUGUCAAACGUCCGUAUUUCUAAUGGGAGCCCUACCCUGGAGCGCAUGGAAGCCAGGCAGUCGGAGUACCCGAAGCCGUCAGCUUGCAGGAACCUCUUCGGGCCGGUGAAUCACGAAGAGUUAAACAGGGACUUGAAGAAGCACCGCCAGGAGAUGGAGGAGGCAUGCCAGAGGAAGUGGAAUUUCGAUUUCCAGAAUCACAAGCCGCUGGAAGGCAGGUACGAGUGGCAAGCCGUGGAGAAGGGGAGCUCGCCCGACUUCUACUUCAGACCCCCCAGGCUACUGAAAGCUGUCUGCAAGUCCGCCGGCCGCCAGAGCUUGGAUGUAAACGGGAAUUGCCAAACCGUGGUUUUUGUCGGUUCUCAGGGAAUCUCAGAGGACACUCACUGUGUAGAUCAAAAGACUGAUGUUUCUGAAAAUCAGACGGACUUUGCAGAGCAGUGCACUGGGCAGAGGAAAAGACCUGCCACCGACGAUUCCUCUCCUCAAAAUAAAAGAGCCAAUACAACAGAAGAAGAGGUUUCAGAAGACUCCCCCAGUGCCAGUUCAGUGGAGCAAACACCCAAGAAAUCAAGCCCAAGACGACAACAGACGUAAACCGUUUAGAGCGGAGGAUGUGCGUGUCCUCUCCUUCAUCGGGUGCGGCGGGGGGCGAUGAAGCGAGGAAGAUGUAAAGUUGUAGUGGAAACUAGAAUACAUAUCGCCGAUCUCCGUGGGAUGGAGGUCCUGUACAAGCACUGAAAAAACAACAGCGACAAAACAAAAACAGCAGCAACAGCAACAAAAAAAAAAAAAAAGGCAAACAAUAACACUAAAAUUUUAGGCACUCUUAAAAGACCUGCCUCUAAAAGCAUUGGAUGUAGCAUUGUGCAAUUAGGUGUUUCCUUAUUUGCUUCAUUGUACUACCUGUGUAUAUAGUUUUUACCUUAUGUAGCACAUAAACCUUGUUGGGAGGGGGGAGGGAGUGGAAGAGGGUGACCGAUUGAAACUUGCUUUCACAAUCUAGCAAGCAAAGAAAUGUAUGAAGAGAAGCAGUGUAGGUUUUUUAUUACUUAAAGAUGUAUUGUCCCUUUAAGUGGGUCCACCGUGUUUUUCUUUUUUUUUUUUUUUUUUAAUGUACCAUCGUGGUAACCCUGCUCAGAGCAGAUUAUUACAGGCCUCUUGUGAAAUUUGUUCCUACUGCAUUAAGCUGAUGAGGUGGGAGCUGUGAUGAUUCCGUUAUGUAGCAGCAAAAGUUCCCCCCCACACCUCAAAUCCAUAUACUAGAUUUGAAUGCCUGUAAAAGUCGUGUAAAAUCAUCCUGUUGUUACGUUGCCUAAUUUUCCUGGUUUGGUUUUUUGUUGUUUUGGUUUUUUGUUGUUUUGGUUUUUUACCCUAAUCUGAAGGGCUUUUGCUCUGAAUCUUGAAUAUUGUUUUCUGAUCUGACCCACUGCCCAAAGUGUUUGUGUGUGUGGGAAAAGGGAUACUACAUCUUUAAACAGUAUUUCUACAUUGCCUGUGUACCUGUAUGUAAAAAUAAAAAAAGUUUGAAGUGUACCUGUGUACAUAACUCUGUAAAGACACUGAGAAAUUAUACUAACUUAUUUAUGUUAAAAGAUUUUUUUUAAUCUAGAAGACAAUAUUUUUUCCCCAUAAAGCCAAAUGGCCUGUUUUUGUGCAUUUGUAAAUGCUCUAUUUGGUAGACUUUUUAGGGUUUUUUUUGUUUGGUUUUUUUUGCCCGGGUUUUUUUUUCCUUUUUCUGAUAAUUAAUAUGGCUGUGCUUAAAGGAUUGCAGACUGAGCCAAUUUAAUAUUUUUUUUGUAAAUGUUUGGAAAAAAGAAAAAUCCAGAUUGAUAUUGUUUCACAUCAAGCAAUCAAUAAAGAAAACUGCCAUAUAUAAGAAAUA